AGUCGGUCAUGCCUGCUGUGUGGGUGUGGGUGUGGAUGCUCUUGGCGGUCAUGAAUCUGACACUCGGUCAGUUCAUUGGAGACCAUGCAGAUAAUGAGGUAUCGCAACAAGUUCCAGAAUACUACAGGGGGGCCCCGCCGAAAUCCCGCAGAUCGUCAUGUGCCAUAAGAUGUAUGUUAUUCCCAGCUGAUUAUACAUUGAUUAAAUGGUCGCCCGUGUUCAUCAUUCCCAACAUGUUCGUCAACCUCCCCUUACUUUUCGUUAUUCUUGGUGGUAUUAUUCAUCUCAAUGAAGCUCAGACAACAGAUUGCUCGAAUACGUGUAUGUUUCGAGCAAGAUGCACUCCCUACCAUAAGGAUCUGGUCUGGUCAGUAGUGGAUCGCGUUUGUCGCGUCUUUCAGAACGGUUGCAUCUUUGCCAAUGAAAAUUGUAUGAGAGCCAAUCGCUGCUUGCCACCCAUGGUAGCCACUACAAAGGAGGAGUGUACGAAGGAGAUCUUCUGUCCAAGGUGGUGUUCUCGAGGAGCACCGCCGGUCUGUGCAUGGUUUCCCUAUACAGACAGUAAUGGGAAUACCGGCGGUCGAGACAUGACAUUCGGAAGUCGCUGUCUACUAGAUAUGUACGCCUGCCGUCAUGCAGAAGCCUAUGUCAACGAACCACGGAUUGGAUCAUGCACAUAAAAUGUCAAAUUGAAAGAAUAUUUACCAAUAAAUGCGAGCUAAAUUA